GCGUGCUUAUCACCCUCGCCUUCGGCUCGGGUGACAAUUCUGCCCGCGGUUUGAAGUAGUCUAUUUUCCCUCCCUAGGUGUGUAAUAUACUAUUAAUUAAUUUGGUAGAUCAAAAUCGCGAUCGCACCAAGUCUAAACUCUGCGCGCCUGUUGCUAGGCAACAAAGCUAUCGGGGAAGAAAUGCCACCUGGUUAUUAUUUCCGUCCAUAUUUAUACAACUUAGUUGGGCCAAGAUCAUUUGAGCCAAAAAACAAACGAGUAACUGAGGUAACCAUGGACUUCACUACAUUCGCAAUCAUCACUCGUGCCGCCAGACUCGUGCGAUUGUAAUCAAAUCAGCUGUAUCCACACCAUCCACACAUGCACACACGAGUGAUGUUUACGAAGCGGCCCUGGAUAAGCUAUUAUGGAAAGAUAGGAGCGACAAUAAUCUCAUAUAGUACCAAGUGAUGCGCAUUAUGGUUUGGCACCACACACAAAACACAUCGCAGUUUUAAUUUUGCCUCUUAUAGAAAACACUAAAAAAAAAAACGCGAAGGCGUAACCUCCAAGUUGAAAGCUACAAAAUCGAAUGAGUAAUGUAACUGGUAGCGUUAUGAACUGGUCAAACAGUCCCAUUACUACGUUUAUGUACUGUUUUUUCCUUUAGAGUAAUAGAUGUUUAAUCGUUUUUUUGAGUUUGCUUUCAUUGGAAACCGAGAUGUUUUUUAUACUGAAUUCGAAGCUGUUAAACUCGAGAUGCAGCGUAAAGUAUUCGAUGAUCAUUCUCAACUUUUUUUUCGUGAUCAGUGGAAUAAUACUCCUGUUUGUUGGAAAAACCAUUCGUGAUGACUACCUCGGAUAUCAACAUUUUCUUAACAAAAGUUUUCUCUCUGUACCAAUGCUUUUCAUUGCUGUUGGCACUAGUAUUUUCUGCAUUGCGUUCUUUGGUUGUUACAUUGGAGUGAAGGAAACUUAUUACGGUAUAUCCAUGUUUGCAUUGCUCAUGGUCCUUGUAUUCAUUCUUGAGUUGGCCAGUGGAAUUUCUGGCUAUGUAUUGAGGAACGAAGCACAGGAGGUUGUUAGGGAAAAAAUGUUGGAAACGUUGCCAAAGUAUCAUGCCAAUGGUUCAGAAAUUUUCAACAUGUGGGAUCAACUUCAAGCAGAUUUUCACUGCUGCGGCGUUGAUGGUGCAGAGGAUUGGGUGAAGCACUUGGUUACCAACAAUAGCGAGAUGCCCAUGUCUUGCUGCCUUCCUCAGAAUGGGAUCAUUGGUGAAGCCACUUGCAACGUAAACUCGACGAAUUUGUAUCAUGCCGGGUGUCUCACUAAAUUUGUAUCAUUUAUUGGUGGUCAUGCUGUACAACUUGGAGGCGUUGGAUUAGGGAUCGCAUAUAUUCAGAUUAUUGGAAUGUGCCUAGUGUUAUAUCUAAGGCGAAUAAUGAAGAGACUUGAUGAAACCAAUCCAAAAGAUGUCGCUCCCAUUUUCAAAAUCAGCCUUCCAUACUGAAUAACAAGGAGCAGCUAUGUCAAUGUCUGAAUCAUAUGGUUCCUCGAUUACAUUGACAUCAUUGAUGAUUGCAAUUGAAUUCACUUCCAGUAUUUCAAAAUUCUUCUGAUACUUAAUUAUUCAUUGUGCAUUGAAUGUCUUUUUUCAACGUUAAUCACUGGGAGUUGGUCCAUUCAAUUCAGUUAUUCAACAAUGAAAAACAAAGUCUCAUAUGUAUAUUUACAUACUCUCUAAAUGACUAUCCUAUAAUUUCAAAAGUGCUUAGUUUUUCUUUAAGAACUCAGGCCUACCGUGCCUUCCUAGUUUUUAUACAAAUGUAAAUUAUAAAUUUGUAAUAUAGAUUUUACACCGACAUGCUUUACCUUUUCAUCAAUAAAAAAAUUCAAAUUACGAAUUAUAAA